CCUGGUUCCUGGCUCAGAAUCAUGGUGUCAUGGAAAGGGGUUUACUUUAUACUCACUCUGUUUUGGGGAAGCUUUUUUGGAAGCAUUUUCAUGUUGGGUCCCUUUUUACCUUUGAUGUUUAUAAGCCCUUCUUGGUAUCGCUGGAUCAACAACCGCCUCGUGGCAACCUGGCUCACACUUCCUGUGGCUUUGCUGGAGACCAUCUUUGGUGUAAAAGUGAUUAUAACAGGUGAUGCAUUUGUUCCUGGAGAAAGAAGUGUUAUUAUCAUGAAUCAUCGGACAAGAAUGGACUGGAUGUUCCUGUGGAAUUGUCUGAUGAGAUAUAGCUACCUCAGACUGGAGAAGGUUUGCCUCAAGGCCAGUCUCAAAAGUGUUCCUGGAUUUGGUUGGGCCAUGCAGGCUGCUGCCUAUAUCUUCAUUCAUAGGAAAUGGAAGGAUGACAAGAGCCAUUUUGAAGACAUGAUUGAUUAUUUUUGUGAUAUCCGUGAACCACUUCAACUCCUCAUAUUCCCAGAAGGGACUGAUCUCACAGAAAACAGCAAGGCUCGAAGUAACGAUUUUGCUGAAAAGAAUGGACUUCAGAAAUAUGAAUAUGUCUUACAUCCAAGAACUACAGGCUUUACUUUCAUAGUAGAUCGUCUAAGAGAAGGAAAGAACCUCGACGCUGUCCAUGACAUCACGGUGGCAUACCCUCACAACGUCCCGCAAACAGAGGGGCACCUCCUGAGGGGGGACUUCCCCAAAGAGAUCCACUUCCACGUCCACCGCUACCCAGUGGACACCCUGCCCGCAUCCAGGGAGGACCUGCAGCUCUGGUGCCACAAGCGGUGGGAGGAGAAGGAAGAGAGGCUGCGCUCCUUCUACCGAGGCGAGAAGGAUUUCUACUUCACCGGGCAGCCUGUGAUCCCACCCUGCAAGUCUGAGCUCAGGGUCCUCGUGGUCAAGUUUCUCUCUUUGCUGUACUGGACCCUGUUCAGCCCUGCCAUGUGCCUCCUCAUCUAUUUGUACAGUCUUGUUCGGUGGUAUUUUAUAAUCACCAUUGUCAUCUUUGUACUGCAGGAGAGAAUAUUUGGUGGGCUGGAGGUCAUGGAACUUGCAUGCUACCGUUUUUUACACAAACAGCCCCAUUUAAAUGAAAAGAAAGAUGAGUGAGAUUAUAAGGGUCUCUGUUUGGGAAAGGUUGUAAGCCUUUGUACGCUGAGAUGCAUUUUUGCAUGACUACAUCAAAUAUUUCUUACUACCAUCAUUACUUGUUAAAGACAUUUGCACUUUGUUUUGUGGAAAAAUAUCACUAUACACACAAUUUUUUUUUUUUUAAUCUCUGAAUGUAAUUUCAAUACGCAUAGCAGGGAGCAAUUGCUGUGAAACAACUCAGGCUCGGACCAGAGUACUCUUAAACAAUCGUCAGGCUGUUCAGACGGGACACACUAGAUUUCCUCAGAGCUCAAUCCCAUUUUCUAACAAACCCCCAGACAAGAGCAGAUCUGGGGCUCAUGAGCACUGGCCCAGCUCAGAUGCUGGCACUUCCUUCGCUCCCUCCCUCCCAACUCCUUUUUAUGCCAAACUACUGCAUCCUUCUAUAUAACCAGAAAACAGAAAUCUCUUGUCCUUGAACUGUCCAAAUACUUUGAUAGGAGGCCCUUCAUUAUUCAUCAGAUCUUAGCAUUUAGCCUUGCGCUGACCCAGACAUCGGAAGGCCACCUGUGCCCUUUUCUCAUGUGGACAAUAAGCCCUGGACUGUCUCAGGGGGCCACUUAGAAACCUCAGUUUGAAUUUUUAAUGAUAGGAAUUAAUACCGUUUAGUGCUUCAUGUCUACUUAAUCCCACAGGCUUAGUGCUGCUUUCUUUACAGUGUUGGCAGGCGUCGCCUCGCCUGUGUUAAAAACAGUAAAAAGCCACUUUUUUAGGGGAAAGGGUAGAACGUUCUGGUACUGCAAUCAGGAACUCUCCUCUGAAGUUGUCUCUUUUGGAGCUAUUCCUUUAAAACUUGCCCAAAAACGGAAGGUUAGUGUAUUUUCUACAUGUACAGGGUUUCUAAUUUCUGCCAUUGAAACAGCAAAACACUAGCAGACAGGCCAAUAAGGGUUUAUCCUAAGUUACUCAACCCUGUAGUCUCUACAGACUCUACUCUUAAAACCAAAAUAACAUAAACAUGAAUCCUUUUUUUUUAAUAACAAGAAAGGGAUCUCUCUCAUUUUUAGUCCUAGGCUUCCUCUUUCAACAGUAAAAUUUAAACCCAGUUUUGACCAAUUGUUCCAGUCAUUUGGAGUCAAUGGAAAAUCCAGCAAACCAACAGCAGCAACCUCCUGAGGCAUGAAAAAUGCGUGGUCGCCGUUUCCACUCCACUGAAACUGCCACUGCUUUUUUGUCACAUGAUGAGGAUGCUGGUUAGAGCAGCAGAAAAUCUGAGGCAAUUAGAAGUCUUUAGCUGUUAGUAAACCUGUCAGCUUCACUCCCUCCUCGACCCAGCCUCAGAAGCCAUUUAUUGCUCCGUGUGCUCUUUUGGCAUGAACACCUCCCCCUUAAUUCCAUCUCAUGUUUGCUUGACAGUGACUUUCAUCCCACAACUGAAAUGUGCAUUGCCACGAAAGGUGAGCAUACUGGGAGGCUUCUUCCAGAAAGGACCGUGUGUGCAGAGCACUGUCCACACGCCUCUUUUUGGAAGAGAACUGGUGCCUCCGCCCAGACCCACCAACCUGCAGUAACUGCGCCCUCGAGGCUGUUUGACCUGCCGGGAGCUUCUAAUUAGUAUUGUGUGCACCUGCUGCAAGCCCGCUGUAUAUAGUUUUUAGGGUAUUUUUAUUAUAUUUUAAUUUUUUCUUAAUAAAGGAGGUUUCCAAUUUA